CACGCCGCCAGUGACCCGGAGCAGCUUCAGCCGCACAGAGACGCUUAUCCGGGGGGAAUGACGGCCAGCCGCCCGGUCCCCGCCCCGGGCCGCCGCUGCUGCUGCUGUUAUUGUUGUUAUUAUAGUUUAUAGUAUAUAAACCAGCGGGCCUGGGGAGAAGCGCUGGCCACUAACGCCGCUGCGCAGGCGGCUCCAGUAGAGGAUAGGACCGGGGAACCAGCCGGGGAACCAGCCGGGGAACCAGCCGGGGAACCAGCCGGGGAGACCCGCUGGUGAGCCCCGCCGGAGGAGACCUCCACCCGGGGAGACCCAGCCGGGGAGACCCGUGGACCGGCCGCCCAGGACCGGGGGAACCAGCCGGUGAUGGACGUGUCCCCCCAGGACCCCCCCCUCAUGGCCAUGGACCUCUCCAAGAGCUACAGCCCUCGGACCUGCGGCCGGCCCGAGGCCGUGGACUUGGCCAAGAAGCCUGAGUGGUACCACCGCCGCCCGCCGGGCUGCAGCGCCGACGUGGGCUCGCCAUUCCGGCCGCGGGCGCUGCCCUCCUUCGGCCCGCUGGCCUCGCCGCCGGGGGGGCGCUGCCGGGACGUGGAGCACGGCGCCGAGUCCCUGGGGGACUACGUCAACUCGGCGGUGGACCUGUACCACGACGGCGUCCGCGGCGGCCUCUGGCACGCCGGCUUCUACCGGGCCGACCAGGGCGCCGGCGCGGCCGUCGGCAGCCCGGUCCCCGAGAGCAGCGGCGGCGAGGAGAGCGACAGCGGCUCCGACGUCAUCUUCCUGGUCUCCUCGGCCAAGGAGCCGCUGCUAUGCGGCUCGUUCCUGCCGGACGGCGUCGGGCACAUGAUGACGCCGGCGUCGCCGGCCACGGCGUCCUCGCCGGACGAAGGCGCCGCCGGCUGCUUCCUGCUGCCGGCGCCGGCCAGCUCGCUGAGCGCCGACAGCUCGUACUCGGAGGACUCGUCGGACAGCUCGGUGGACAUCCCGGCGCAGCACUCCCGGCCCGUCGUGCUGCUGUCCGACCUCGGCGCCGUCUACGGGAGCGGCGCCGGGUCGCCCAUCGACGUCUCCAGCGACGACAGCGAGGUGGUGGAGGUCUCCGUCACCAGCGGCAACCGGAGAGCCGACGGCUGGAGCAGGAGUCCUUCGUCCGGCGGGUCGGUCCGGCGCAGCUCCAGGGUCAGGAAGUCGCCGUCGGAGACGCCGCCGCUGCUGCUGUCCUGCAGCGGCGGCAGCAGCAGGGGGGGUGCGGCGCGGGAGAGCCUGACGCGGCGCGCCAAGCACAGCGCCGUGGGCAUCUACAACGAGAGCGGCGACUCGGACGACCUGAUGGAGUACGUGGCGCGGCUGUCCAGCUCGGACGACUCGCCGGCGCCGCCGAGGGCGAGCAGCGGCUCGGGGGACUCGGACAGGAAGUCGCCCCUGCGGGCGGCGCCGCCUCGCCGCUCGUUCAGACAGAACCCGCCCCCUCCAGCUCCCACGGCGGUGAAGCCCCGCGGGAGCCCCGUCCCGCCGGCGCCGCGGCCGCUCCAGGACACGGCUAAGAGGACGGCGGCGCGGCGGAGGAGGAAGCGGCGCCGCCCGGCCGGCCCUCCCGGCCCCCCGGGUCUGUUUCCUCCCGCCGAGCCCCAGUUCCAGCUCAAGUUCUCCUACGCUAAAGAGAAGAAGAAGAAGUCGGACGGCUUCGGCCCGUUUGUGCACGUGGAGCCGCGGCUCUGCCGGGUGGUGAACUACGAGGACGAGGCGGUGCCGGUCCGGGGCGCCGCGCCCGCCUCGGCGUCACUGCCGGGCUUCGUUCCCACCACGUCCUGCUUCCUGCUGGGCCGGCCCGGGUCCGGCGGCCCGGCGGCGCCGCAGUGCUGCCUGUGCCGGCAGGCGGCCAACGCCACGGGCCUGGGGGACCUGCACGGGCCGUACCGGCCCAGCCGGGCCCCCACUGCUGCGGCGCCGCACGGCCUCGCUAACGGCCGGCCGGGGAACUCCUCGGAGGACGACGGCGCCGCCGAGAACGGGUCGCCCGGGUCGCCGGCGGCGCCGUUGCGCCUGGACGAGUGCUGGGUCCACGAGGACUGCGGGAUCUGGUCCAACGGCGUGUUCCUGGUCCGGGGGAGGCUGUACGGCCUGGAGGAGGCGGCCCGGGUCGCCCAGGAGACGACGUGUUCAGCCUGCGGUCAGUCCGGGGCCAUCGUGGGAUGUUUCCAGAAGGGCUGCUGCAGGAAUUACCACUACGCCUGCGCCGUGCAGUCAGGCUGCAUCCUCAACGAAGACAACUUCUCCAUGAGGUGUCCAGAACACAAGAACAAACUCUUCACGACAACAACCAGGCGAUGCCGGAGAUGACGCUGAAGACGCGUGGGCGCCGUGGAGAACCUCCUGAGACCUCAUCAGGGUGGACGAGACCUGCAGGACUCCAGCUCCUCCGUCUGGUAGCGAUACUGAACACGAGGACCGGAGCAGGAAGCAGAUCUGCUGGUGAGACCUCGGCCGUCGGGAUCCAA